CUGGCAGUCAUCAAUCACAUUCUAGUUUCGGAAAUCACUCUGAACAAAAUCUUGCUCUUGUUCAAACCUACGCGAUGGCAAGUUGGUCAAAGCUAGUUCGUUUCACGGAUUUAGCAGGCAAUAUCCAUUUUGGAGAGCCGACAGAUGACUUCAGUCACGCCAAAGUCUGGGAAGGAAUUUCGCUCUUCAGCCUUGCAAGAACUGACCGGGUCGAAAGGAUUGCAGCUCUUUUGCCGCCUUAUCAACCCGAUUCGAUCCUUUGCAUAGGCCUCAACUACCUAGAUCAUGCAAAAGAAUGCAACCGCCCUAUACCCAGCUAUCCAGUCCUAUUCUACAAGCCGAAACUCACCGUGAAUGGACCUUUCUCUGAUGUUGUGGUUCCACAACACUGUAAGAGCCUGGACUACGAAAAUGAGCUUUGCGUUGUGAUGGCACGAGAUGCAAAAGAUGUCGCUGAGAGUGACGCCAUUGACUAUAUCUUGGGCUAUACUGUUGGCAAUGACGUGUCAUCCCGGGAAUGGCAGCAACAGGAGCGUAGUGGUGGUCAGUUUUCGUUUGCGAAGUCGUGCGAUGGUUUCCUGCCAUUUGGUCCAGCAAUCGUCUCGGCUCGUCUCGUCCCGGAUCCUCAAAAUCUGGCUCUCGUAACUAGGGUUAACGGAGAGGUUGUGCAAGAUGGUUCUACAUGUAAUAUGAUUUUCAGCGUUGCGAAGAUUAUAUCAUUCUUAUCUCAGGGAACCACAAUUCCAGCAGGAGCCCUGAUUAUGACUGGUACUCCAGCAGGAGUUGCAGCCUUCAAAACAUCACCCCCUGUUUGGCUAAGGAAUGGCGACGUGGUCGAGUGUGCUAUCUCGGGUAUAGGUUUCAUCAAGAACAAGAUGGUCACCCAAUAGACUAGUGUAGGAUCGGAAGCACUACUUGAGCUAAAGGCUUGCUAUUACAGAUUCAUCAAACUUCCAUGAUUCGAUCCAAGAGUUGAACAGUUAGCUGCAUAGACAUCAAUAGUCUCGCGACCUUACCUCAGUUGCCAACAUUGGCGACGGAAACCC